AUGAAUGAUUUACAGUAUUCAAAACCGAACAUUAUUGAUAAUCAAAAAGAAGAAACCACCGCCGAUCAUCAUAGUGUAGAAAUUAAUACGAAUCAAACUAGUAUUAAACCAAAAGUACUUGGAACAAUGAAAUUAACAGGAAUUCUUUUUAUUUCUGUUGUUGGAGGAGCAUAUGGAGCUGAACCUUUAGUUCAGUCUGUUGGUCCUUUAGCAUCUACAAUUAUCAUGAUAUGUUCUUCUUUAUUAGUCAUGUUACCUAUCUGUUUGAUUACAGCAGAAUUAUCUUCUUGUUUACCAUCAAAUGGAGGGUUAGUUGAUUGGGUGACAUCUUCAAUGUCACCAUAUUCUAAUUUCUUUACUAUGUUUAUCACUAUUAUCUCAUUAAUUGGUGCUACAAUUGACAAUGCAGUAUAUCCUACAUUAUUUAUUGGUUAUUUAACAGAAAAAGUACCAAAUUUAGAGCAGUGGGCAAUUUUGUUAAUUAAAUUUGGAGUAACAUCUAUUGCAACAAUAUUAAAUGUAAUUGGAGUUGAUAUUAUUGGAAAGGUAAGUGUUUUAUUUACAUUAUUUGUAUUAUCCCCAUUUGUAAUUUUUUGUUGUGUUGGAGUAUUCGAUUCAAAUGCACAUUGGGAUAAUUUAAUUGAAACAUUACCAUUUAAAGAAAUGAAUUGGUCAUUAUUAAUUUCAGUACUAUUCUGGAAUAUCAAUGGAGUAGAUGGUUGUGGUAAUAUUAGUGAAGAAGUCAAAAAUGUAGAGAAGACUGUACCACGGUCAAUGUUCUUGUUAGUUAUUAUGACAGUGUUAACAUAUAUUAUUCCAUGUUCUGUUGGUACAAUUUUAGAUGACAAUUGGGCUAAAUGGGAAGAAGGUUCAUUCGUAUCUAUUAGUGAAAAAAUUUCUAUUGGAUGGAUUGCUAAAUCACUUCCAUGGUUAAUGUUUAUAGGAGGGUUAAUAUCAUCAUUAGGAUAUUUAUUAACUUUAUUGUGUACAGCAUCAAGAUUAUUCCAUGGAUUUAUCCAACUUGAUUUCCAUAAAUUAAUAACAAAAUACAUUGGACAUGUGAAUAAAAAAUUUAAUACCCCUGAUGUUUCUAUCAUUCUCCAAGGAGUUUUAAUUUUUAUUUUAUCUGCUUCAAUGAAUUUUGAUGAAUUAGUUGGUGUUGAUUCAGCAUUUUAUGCAAUUAGGGUUUUAUUUAUUUGUAUUGCCUAUAUCCUUCUUCGUUAUAGAUAUCCUAAUCUUCAUCGUCCUUAUAAAUUUGGAUGUAACUUUACUCUGGCUGUUUUAUAUGCAACUCCAACAAUUAUUUUUUGUGUAUCUUGUUGUAUUCUUGGGUUGUUGUCUUCUACAUUAACAGUUAUAUUAGGAGGAGUGUUACUCAAUAUUGUAAUGAUUUCUUCAAUAGUUUUCUAUUGGUUUUAUCCUCAUGAGUUUAAACUCCAUGAAAACCUUAUUGUUCAUAUAAAAGGAACUGUUUCUGGUUAUGCUGAUGAAAUCACUAAAAUUAAAGAAGAAAAUAGAAAAUCAGGAACUGUUGCAAUUAUGGAAUCUUCAGCUAGUUAUUCGAUGACAACAGAAAGCAAUAGUAAUAGUAAUUCUUAUCAAGAACAAUUAAGUAUGAGCAGUGAUUCAAUGAAAUAA